UGGUGGUAAACUUAACUGAAAAAAGUAUUCCAGAUGAUUAUAUGCGGUUUUUGUCAUAUGGUGUGGGUAUGAAUUUACCAUAUUUUGAUAAAUCAUUGGAUACUAUAGCGGACAUUGAAUUGGCAAUAUUCAAAAGUGGACUUGAUAAAAACAAAAAAGAAGAAAUGAGAAUAAAGAUCGCUGAAGAUCUAAAGAAGUUUAAAACAAAACAAGGAUACAUGAUGGAUCAAAAGGCUAAGAAGUAUAUAGGUAAAUAUAACAGAUUGAAAAAGUUUCUUCAUAGAUUUAAUUUAGGUAUUGUAAAAGCAGAUAAAUCAAGGCAAUUAAUAAUAAUGAAUUUAACAGAUUUAGACAAAAAGAAACAGGAAAUUAUAAAAGAAGGAAAUUUUGAAAAAUUAGAGUUAGAUCCAACAAGUAACAUACAGAAAUUAUUGAAGAAAAUUGUAGGAAAAUUAAUAAAAGAAGGAGCUAUUUCAAUUACUGAAAGUAAAGAACUAUUACCAGGAGAAAAUGUGAGAAUGCCAAAGUUAAAUGUUAUAUUAAACUCUGAACUUAGUAUAAAAAAUACUGAUAGUUUAAUUUCAAGAUUAGAAGCAGGAAGAAUUUUGCCAGAGUACCGUUUAAUGAGUAUAGAUAUAGUGUCAAUGUAUCCAUCGAUUACAAAAGAAAUGAUUAUACAGAGUUUAAUUAAAGGCGAGUACUUUCGACAAAAGGAUGGAAUAUCCAUGGGCUCGGUGGUCGGCCCAAAGCUGGCAGAGAUUGUUAUGAAAAAUAUAGAUAAAACGUUGCUGAACUUAGGUGGAAUAGUUUUUCUGGCACGGUAUGUCGAUGAUAUAUUUAUUAUUUAUAAUAGUAAAAUAACAUCACCAGAAAAAAUCUUAAAAGAAGCUAAUGAAAUUAAUGAACAUAUUAAGUUCACCUAUGAGUGUGAAAAAUUAGAUAGUCUAAAUUAUUUGGAUAUCACAAUAACCAGGUUUAAAGAUCAUUUGGAGUAUAGUAGGUAUGAAAAACCUUGUAACACAAAUAAAGUUAUAAAUUUUAGAUCGUAUUGUCCAAUUAAUCAAAAAAGAAAUAUUUAUUUAAUGGAAGUAAAAAAGAUAUUUUCUAGAACAACCAGAAGUGAAAAAAGAAUAGAAGAACUCAAAAAAAUAAAUAAGAAGUACUUGUUGAACAAUUAUCCGAAAAGAUUGCUGAGGAACUGGUAUGAUGAAUAUUCAAAAAGAAGAUUUCAAGUAAAGCAACAAAAAGAAAGUAAAAAAAAGAAAGAUUUAUUGGAAGAAGAUGGAGUGGUUUACAGGCUUCAAUGUACGUGUGGAGUACCGUAUUACUACGUUGGAGAAACGAAACGGAAACUAAAAGUGAGGAUGUCGGAACACUUGGCAGCAGUACGAAAUAAAAUUAAUACAUCCCCGGUAUUUUUGCAUUGCCAUGUUAACAACUGUCAAUUAGAUAUUAAUAAUGUAAAAAUAAUACAUAAAGAGAAAAAUAUUGUAAAAAGAAAAUUUAAAGAACAUUUCGCGAUAAUUAUGCAAAGUAAUGUAAUGAAUUUGAAUAAUGGGGUGAUACCAGCGGAAUGCUGGGAAGAGUUUGUGUUACUUAAAGAUUGUAAACGCGAUAGUAUCAGUGAGAAAGAUGUGUUUUCUUCUGUGUCUACGACGGAGAAAAAUGUGUCGUUUGAGAUACCUUCUGCUGUUCCUAUUGUACACUCUAGUAGUCAGAAACCCUACUGAAGAGGCCUUGACAGGCGAAAUGCAUUUGGGUCUACGGACUCGGGACUUAUUAAGCCUCCAAAAGUCAGAAACGAAUGGAAAACUAGUAGUUUUCCGUGUACUAAAGAUUAGUACAG